GCGCCCGCCUGCGGGGUGCGCGCCCCGCGGCUCGCAGCCAUGACGGCCAACGGCACCGCCGAGGCGCUCCAGAUCCAGUUCGGGCUGAUCAACUGCGGCAACAGGUACCUGACGGCCGAGGCGUUCGGCUUCAAGCUCAAUGCCUCGGCGCCCAGCCUGAAGAAGAAGCAGAUCUGGACGCUGGAGCCCAACGGCGACGACUCGGCCGCCGUCUUCCUCAAGAGCCACCUGGGCCGCUACCUGGCGGCCGACAAGGACGGGCACGUGUCGUGCGACAGCGAGGCGCCCACGGCCGACUGCCGCUUCGUGAUCGUGGCGCACGACGACGGGCGCUGGUCGCUGCAGUCCGAGGCGCACAAGCGCUUCUUCGGCGGCACCGACGACCGCCUCUCGUGCUUCGCGCAGGCCGUCUCGGCGGCCGAGAAGUGGAGCGUGCACAUCGCCAUGCACCCGCAGGUGAACCUGUUCAGCCUGAGCAGGAAGCGCUACGCGCACCUGAGCGCGGCCCACGACGAGAUCUCCGUCGGCCGCGACGUGCCCUGGGGCGUGGACUCGCUCAUCACGCUCGUCUUCCACGAGCAGCGCUACGGCCUGCGCACCUGCGACCACCGCUUCCUGCGCCACGACGGCCGGCUGGUGGAGCGGCCCGAGCCGGGCGCGGGCUACACGCUCGAGUUCCGCGCCGGCAAGGUGGCCUUCCGCGACGCGCAGGGCAAGUACCUGGCCCCGUCGGGGCCCAGCGGCACGCUCAAGGCCGGCAAGAGCGCCAAGGUGGGCAAGGACGAGCUGUUCGCUCUGGAGCAGAGCUCGCCGCAGGUGGUCCUGCGCGCCGGCAACGAGCGCAACGUCUCCACCAGGCAAGGAAUGGACCUUUCCGCCAAUCAGGAUGAAGAAAGUGAUCAGGAAACCUUCCAACUGGAAAUCAACAAAGAUACCAAGAAAUGCACCUUUAGGACCUAUACUGGGAAGUACUGGACCUUGACCUCCAACGGCGGAGUGCAGUCCACCGCUUCCACCAAGAAUGCCAACUGCUACUUCGACAUCGAGUGGUGUGACCGGCGCAUUACGCUGAAAGCGGCCAAUGGCAAAUACGUGACAGCGAAGAAGAACGGGCAGCUGGCUGCCACUGCGGAGACCGCAAGUGAGACAGAACAUUUCCUCAUGAAGCUGAUUAACCGGCCGAUCAUUGUCCUCCGGGGAGAGCACGGCUUCAUCGGCUGCCGAAAGGUGACCGGCACCCUGGAUUCAAAUCGCUCCUCUUAUGACGUCUUUCAGCUGGAGUUCAACGAUGGUGCCUACAACAUCAAAGAUUCGACUGGGAAAUACUGGAUGGUUGGCAACGAGUCGUCCAUCACCAGCAGCAGCAACACGCCGGUGGACUUCUUCUUUGAGUUCUGCGACUACAACAAGGUGGCCAUCAAAGUGAACGGGAAAUACCUGAAGGGCGACCACGCCGGGGUCCUGAAGGCGACGGCCGACGCGGUUGACCCCUCCACCCUCUGGGAGUACUAAAUGCACUUUGGCCCUCCUUCCCUUCCGCUGUCCUCUCCCCCUGCCUCUUUCAUUGCCAAUUUGUGUUGGGGUUUUUCCGAUGUUCUGGCGUGUCUCUUCCUGCGGAAAGGGGUUCUCUUUCAGUCCAGUCUGUGCUUCUCCCCAGCCAUAGAAUUGGGGGUGGCUCGCCUCUUCCCUUCGUUAUGUGAGUCUGUCUUAAAAACUGGAAGCAACGUGGUUAGCCCAGAGAAAUGGUUAGCUGCCUGAAUUUCCUCCCGGGAGGUCUUGGUUUGUGUAGGCUAGAGCCAAGCCUCCCCUUCUCUCUCCUGGGCCUCGGCGUUUAAAAAGGGAAUCAUUCCACUGUGCAUCCCCUACUCAAGUAGAGCCGGUCUCCUCGGCGCUGUGCGGAGCUGAGAGCCGUCACGGUGGCGGCUCGCUCGGCCCAACGCUGGCGAGGGAGGCAGCCAGCGACGUUCUCAUGCUGGGGUUGCGCUCUGGAUUAGGCUAGUGUUUUCUCUCUCUCUCUCUCUCUCGACAUUUGACCCAAGUGAAAUGCAUCUUUUCUUCAGCCAAUGGCAGAGAAGGGGUCCCUCCGACGCAGGGGCUCCAUGUGUGCCACAGUGGCAAGAAAACCAGGGGCGAAUUUACAGCAAGGUUUGAGCCAGGAAAUCCGUGUGGCGGUCAGGGUUGGAAAUGCCCGCCACGCACGACACGAGCUGCCUUCGGGGGGCCAGGACGGGGCAGGAGUGCCACUUGCAAAGAGACCAGGCAAGCCGAACAGCUGCGCCUGCCCGGAGCCCUCCUGCGCCCACCUGGCUUCGUGCUUCUGGGCUCCCAGCGAGUGUCGCGGGCCAUCCAAAACAGCUCCACAUCUGCACUGCAGUUACUGACACUGCCUUGCCAGUCCCCGGUCCCUCUCUUGGAAGGCGCAAGCUGUUCUAGACCUUUCCUCUCUCUCUACAGAUGUAUUAUUGCAUUUGGUAUCUUAAAAAUAAUCUGAGAGUGGCCGAGGGGACCUGACAGGAAGCUUGCCAGUGAUGGCAGCAUCCAGCGGAUGGCAAACCGCAAGUCAAACCUGCACCAACCCUUUUUUCAGCUUGGGCGGCCAAGUAGCUCAGCCCGCCCUCUCUCGAUUCCUUCCUGAAUGCCCCCACGGAAGAUGUGACCUCAGCCAGCAGCUGCCUCUCACAGGUGCGGGAGGGAGAUGGGGGUCCCCGCUCGGUUCUGUGACUGCACAAACGGAGGACGGGGCACGGAGGCACUGCUUCCUGCCCGCCGGCUGCCUCUCCCUGCCUCCUUUCUGGCCUCGCUCAGGAGUUCCUGGUGCUUAAGGAGCAGCCACAUCUCAGCAGCUUUUUAUGUGCACUGCAGCCAAGAUAAGCUGGGGGGCGGAAGGGAGUAGGGGGCAGACAUGUUGCAUGUUUACAUGCCUUCAGGGGCAGGAGAAGUAAGAGCCCCUUUUGCUUCCAGUCGCUUUGCUGGUGGCUCGGAAGCAAGUUGCUAAUCUCAACUUACAGACUCGGAAAGCUUUUUAAGAAUUAGCAGAUGCUUGCACAGUCACGCGCUUGGUUCGUUUUCUCUCGUCCCUUAACCUGACUGGAAAUCCCCCUGCCCUCCGCACCCCUUACCCAGUGGCUGUUGUCUUUUAAGGGCGAGCAUCGAAGUGUCCAUUUCCCAUUAGUGUGUCCUGCUUGGCUGUUCCUCCCUGCUCGUGUUUUUGGAAAGUCUGUCCGAGGCUGCUUCCCAGCACCUUUGCAAUUCCACGCUCUGCUUGCGUAGUUCCUGGAAAAGGGAAAGAAGACCAAAACCGUGCUUUCCUCUCUAUUUAUAGAAGCUCUUCACAGAGCCAUCCUCAACCGCCUCCGAUAGGUUUAUAUAAUCCGUGUGGGCAUUUGUCCUGUUGCGUACGCGUACCAGCAUUCAGAAGAGGCUCGAGUACAUGCGUGUACCACAUUUCUCUUCUUUGAUGCCUUCUUGGAGGUUAUCUCUGUUCCUUUAGGCCACCCAAGACCCUGAACUUCAGCCAUCUCUUGCCCAGCUCAAUGCUCUGGUUUCAUCAACCUGCAAACAGUAAGGGCUUUAGAGAAAAAGUGCUCUUACAUCUCUGUGCCCAAAUCCUUGAAUCCAUCUGUCUCAUGCCUUGCUAAGCAGAUAAUUGUGCAGAACCCACUUGGACAGUUAGCUGUUGCCCCAAUACAAGGGGCUAGUCCUUUUGAUCACUACAGGCAGAGGAGGAGUGUUUUGAGCCUUAAAAUAAAAAAUCACCUUGCUAUCUUAACGGGAUACUGCCAUUGAUGUCUGGUGCUAAAUUCUUAAGGAAACUGGAAUUAUCUGCCUUACUAGUAAAGGGGGAUUCGCUCCAGGGGCUGUUUGGGGGCAACCAGGAAAGGCAAUGGUGGGAACAGAGAUGACUUUCUAGCGGGGCCGAGGGUGUGAUCCAUCCUUUAACACCCGCCAGGCUUCACCCUUCCAGUGGCCUCUCCCAUCCCUCUCCCGAGCGACCCCACCGACUUCUGCGUAACCGUUUAACGUCGAGAGUUCUCUUCCUUGCCUUCUACCUUUGCUGUUGUGGCUCUGAAAAGCAUCUCACAUUCUGGUAUAUUUUGUUAAGUUUUUUUUCCUUUUAAAUAUACUUUUGUAAGUGCCAUUUGUAUAGCAAGCUUCAAAUGGAGAAGAGAAGUGACGAAAUAAAAUCCUGCAUUCAGAUAAGAAAGAAA